AAAGGCAACUCAGGGUUUGGGCGGAGUGUGGGUUGCUGCUGAGUCCUGGGGACCGUCGUCCGUGAUACAGCAGUGCAGCCAUGGCAGAACCGCAACCCACGUCGGGCGGCCUUACGGACCAGGCUGCCCUCAGUUGCUGCUCGGACCCGGACCCCAGCACCAAGGAUUUUCUGUUGCAGCAGACCAUGCUGCGAAUUAAGGAUCCUAAGAAGUCUUUGGACUUUUAUACUAGAGUUCUUGGAAUGACGCUACUCCAGAAAAUAGAUUUUCCCACUAUGAAGUUUUCACUCUAUUUCUUGGCUUAUGAGGAUAAAAAUGACAUCCCAAAAGAUAAAGAUGAAAAAGUAGCAUGGGUAUUCUCCCGAAAAGCUACACUUGAACUGACACACAAUUGGGGCACUGAAGAUGAUGAGACCCAGAGUUACCACAGUGGCAAUUCAGACCCGCGAGGAUUUGGUCACAUUGGAAUUGCUGUUCCUGAUGUACAUGGUGCUUGUAAAAGAUUUGAAGAACUGGGAGUAAAAUUUGUGAAGAAACCUGAUGACGGUAAAAUGAAAGGCCUGGCAUUUAUUCAAGAUCCUGAUGGCUACUGGAUAGAAAUUUUGAAUCCUAACAGAAUGAUAACUAUUAUUUAGUUCUAUGAGAAUAAUGCUUUGAGAUUUCUGUGAGAACACUGUGGGAGGUAAAAAAGUGAAACAAUGUGAUUGAGAUAUUCAGAUAACAGAAGCAUCUAGGAUUGAUGAUUCACUCUCCCAAUUCAAAUUAUUCUUAAGUCCAUUUCCCUUCCUAUUUCAGCUGUGUUUUUAACCUGUCUAUUCAGUCAUUCUAGUUUUAAAAGUAGUACUUUGUCUUGUGUCCUUGAAUGUAGUUGUAUAACAUUACUUUUUUCGAUAAUAAUUAGAACAGUUCCCUUCAGAGGCUGCAUUUGAUUUGCCUUCUCUCUUCUAACUAUGUCUUCUCUACAAGCUUGCCUUUAAAUCAUCAUUGUAAAAAAACACUUAACAUGUUCUUACUGUGGCUACCUUCUGAAAUUUCAGGUCCUCGGAAAUAACUUUUCACAAUGGAAAGUAAAGAGCAUUGAACAAAAAUGAAACGUUACGUGUACUUCAAAUAGUAUAAAGUGUUUACCAAAGAGAAGGCACUCUUGGGAGCAGUUCAGAAUCAUGCUGACAAGGAUGCUGGCAGAAAAACUAACUUCUUUUUUAUAAAGUACCUUCAAAGUUCAAGGACUAAACUCUUUAUUUUGGGAUGGGGCGGAGGAUGGGAAUAUUAUUUCCUGGAUAUGUUUGUCAUGUACUUUAUCUCACUUAAUCUUCCCAACUCUCCUGUGAGAAAGAAAACAGGCUAGACAUGUGAAAUAACUUUAAUGAAUUAAGACAAUACAAAUAGGCUCAAGUACUCAAGAUUUCAUCAUAAUUUUUAGUAUUUAGAUCAUACCUCAUAAAUUAGUACCUCACGACACGUCCUCCAGUAGUCUCCUGUUGUGAAAACCUUCAGUAAGUUAAUGUUAUCUUCUCAGCUCGGAUCUGGGUACCAUGGUAAGGGAAGAAGACUAGCACACAACUGCUCUAUGGAUAUCGAUUGUUCUUGUGUGAAUGGUGCUUGUUUUACUUAUGAAGAUCCCCUACCCCAAGGUCGUCCAGAUGCCAGUGAUCAUUUAGGAUAAAUUAUGAUCAGUGAUAACAUAACUUAAUUAUCAGAAAUCAGCUUAGUAGUCUUCCCUGCUAUGAUUGACAUUUGGUGGAUUUCUAAAAACUAAACUGAUUUUUUAAAAUCUCUUAAGGCCCAGAGAAUAACACCCAGUUGUGGUUUAACUACAUUUAGAUUUCCUGUAGACUCCAGUGGAGAUCUUUGGGUAGGCCAUGCUCACUGUACUUACACUGCUAGAAGCACUUCACAUUUUCUUUUUGGAUGGAAUGGAUUUAUGUGAGCAACUCAAACAAAUAGCAGUACUUAUAGAUCAAAAUAAAAUAUUUAAAUAAGACUAUGUUUAACUUGUGAACUUCUGCCUGUUCUUUCUUAAAAGAAGAAAAAGGCUGCCCUCAGGAAGUGCUGCAAGGAUUUGAGGGGCUCGCCGGCUCAUUCUGAACCGAGAAUAGAUGUAAUUCUGUAUACCUUGCAAAGCAGAUAGUUUCUACGGAGAACAAGGUGUGGGAUAGGUGGGAGAGGAAAAUAAAUAAGAAAUAGAGGUGGAGGGAUGAAAAAAUACAGAGAACAGCUGAGUGUCACAAGGUGAGUUGUGGAAACCAAUGAAGACCAGUUUCACGUGUGUAUAGAAUUAUCAAAUGAGAGGGUUAUUAGAUACAUAAAUUGAGUCAUUUCAACCUUAUUUUCACAGAAGAAGCCUUCUCCCCUUGCUAAGUAAAACUUACCAAAAGAUAGCCCUUGCUUAUUCUUUAAAUUCAUCCUUAUAUGCCUUGAAAAAGUAGCUAUUUGUAUCACCAGGCUUUGCUAAGAAUUAGACAAUUAGCUUACUUCCAAAUUAACUUACCUGAGAAGUAGUGAUAUGAAAGGUUGAAGCUGACCCCAAGAAGUUUUCUUGUUUUCCACGAUGAGACAGCCAGACUGUGUAGCUUACUGUCAAUGUAAAAUAAAUUGGUCUCCCCUGAGCCCUAUACAGGUAAGCCUGGUACUCAUUUCUACUACAGGUGGUUUGAAUUAGGAACUGAUGGUUGAGAGUCACUUACUACUUUCCUCCAUGGCAUUCUGACCAGGAUUGCGUGCAGUGUGCGUACAUAUUUUUUAGUGACACAGCUGCUUGUGAAGAGGAUUAUAUCAGGAUGCUUGCUGCUGACAAUAGGACCCAACUUUCUCAAAUGUAACAAGCACUUCAGAGGCUCUAGAAUGGGUCAAUGGAGAGCUCAGAGAUACCCAGAACCUCGCUUCCUUCCAUCUCAGCCUGUCACUCAGCAGUUUCUUUCUGGGCUAAUAAUGCUCAUGAUCAAAGAUGUCUAUCAUGAUUCCAGGUGUCACGAAUAAACCAACAAUGUCCAAUGAAAGAAAAUAACCUUGUUUCACAGCAGAAUUCAUGUCUUUUUCUUUUAUUCUUUUUAUUUUUUUUAUUGUAUUUCCAUUACCAUUUAUUCCCCUCAUACCCUUUCUCCUCCUCCCUCCUCCCUCCUGCCAGAAUUCCUCCUGUCUUGAUCAGCACUGGGCCACUUGCCUGUCUCUAAUCACUGGCAAAGGGAAUGUUGCCAGUGAAUGGCUUAAAUGGAUUAUAUUUAAGGGAUUGACUUAAAUGGAUUAUAUUUACCCAAGUUUCCCACAUGGGGGUAGAUGCUGGAUCAAACUUGAGACUGCCAGAAUGGAGGAGCAAAUAAGGGUUUCUGAGUAGGCGUGAAAAGCAACUGUAACAGGGUGAAACUAAAUAUUGAGGACCUAGUUGGUGCAGGGUGCUGCAAGAAAUCAUAAAACACUUCCUGCUCUCAAAGAGCUUAGUCUAAGACUGGUUCUCAGAGUUAGCAGACCCUUUUUUAUUGUAACACUGGAAAAUUUAUAACAUCUAUCACACCCAUUAUCCUAAAAUAAAAUUAGAUAUAACUUCUCUGUAUACACAAUUUUUAAAAAGGGUCAAUCCAAUGCCUUUGUUGUAAUAUAAAGGAGAAAGAUCAAUUUCUACUGAAAUGUGUUUCAGUAUGUAAAUGCUAGAUACUGCUACACUAGAAAACUGGUCAGGUGCUUGUUCUUAAAUAUGAAAGAGGUAAACUUCAAUAGAAUACUGUUAACACUAGUUGAUAUUUUAAAAUAAAGAUGAGUUCAUAGUUCAUGAGGAGCUACAGUGUUUCAACUUCAAAUGUAUACUGAAAACAGGUGUGUUUUAUUGGUCAAAGACUGAAUAAUGUUACUGUUGGAAAUAUCAUUUUUCAAAAUGGUGAUCAAUUCUUGCUGAUGUGUUGUAUAAAAUAAUAUUCCUGAGUAUAGGAUAAUUUUGUCCCUGGUAGAUAUUAAUGUUAUAUGUACAAAUAAGUAAAAUGGAAGUUAAAGGCUCACAUAAUAAAAAAAAAGGUUUACGAUUUUUAGAAAUUGAAAUACUCGAUAUACAACAUUGGUCCCCAACAUUUGUGACACCAGAGACCAGUUUUGUGGAAGACAAUUUUUCCAUGGAAUCGGGGGGUCAGGAGGAGACAGGAGGUAAUGCCAGCGAAGAUUGGCUCGUUCCCUGCCACUC